AUCGGCUGGGAAUGCCUGCAGCACGCGGAGCGGGUGGAGGCUGCGAGAACCCAGGCUCCUGGCUGCACCUGGGGUUCGGGCCGCGUGGCCAGUGGCUCACCCAAAGCGGUCGGCUCCUGCUCCCUCUGAUGCCUGCGACGUGAGCAUGAAGCCCCGGCCCCGUGGGAAAGUGCCGCUGCAGAAGGCGAAAUUGUCCAAACGAAUAAGGAGACCCAACACUACUUGACAUCUUAUUAGUUCAAGUCGAGAAUGAAAGUAAACGUUUGCUAUUGUCCCCCUGGGUAGCCACCACUUUUUAUUAAUGAAGUCAAGAGAGUAAACGUAAAGUAUUGCUACCUUAGGUAGCCUGAGAUUUUUCUGCAGGCACUCACUUUUUCUGGGUGACAUUCAUGAUGUCGCAAGAGAAAUUACCUGACAAAAAAAGACCCCGUAGAAGUUUAUCUACCGUCAACACUACGAAAAAAAGAUCUCAUUCUAUUAUGUCAUUUUUUAACAGUGCACCACCUGCUAAACUUGCAUGCCCAGUUUGUAGUAAGAUGGUGCCCAGGUAUGACUUAAACAGACACCUUGAUGAGAUGUGUGCCCACAGUGGUGAUGAUCAAGUUGACCCUGUACAGGUUAGCUUAAUGAAUCCAGAGGUGCCCAUUGUUGCCUCAAAAGACAUGGCACUGCAGAAGCUGUCACCACCGAGGAGUUUAACCCCCUAUCAGAGUGGUUCAAAGCUGGGCAUAACACAGCAGACCAGUCCCUACUUUAAAGAUGCCUUGGUAUGCAAAAAUCAAGAUGAGCUACAAAAUCCGAGAGUGGAAAUAAUUUCUUUGAGAAGCCUGUCAUCUAAAUUGUCCAGAAAAUAUAUAAAAGCUAAAAAGUCACUAGAUAAGAAUGAGGAAUUGGCCAGUCAUUGUCCACAGAGUUCCAUGUCCCCAACUGGCAGGAGUCUGGUUGAUAACUGUUCAGAGAUAGAGGACAAGGAUGAAAUUUUGAGCAGUUCUCAAAAGGAAAACAUUCUUGCACGUGAGUCUCUAAAGGAAGAGAAUGCUCCAGAACAUAACAUAAAAAGCAGUAAAACGAUGAAAGAGGAAAGGCAAAAGUCUGCCCAGGAGAAGUCAGCCCUCACUUCUGCCUCCUCCGCCAAUGCUCCUGUGUUAUUUUCACUAGAUUUAACUAUUGGGAAUAGCAUGCAGUCUACUUCAGGAGACAGUCUUGUAAAGCAAGAGACUGCCAAUGUAGUAGAUGAUGAGGUUGCCAAACAGGAGACACAGCGUUCUGAAGAAGUGGAAAUGAUGGUUGAUUCAGAGGUCGCAACACAGUUGUCAGAUAAUGAAGCAGAGUCUCACAGUACCACAGAGGAGAUUUCUAAAUGGAAUAACACCCAAGAACUUCCGGAAGGUGACAGUGACCUAAAGAAAGAAAUGGUUUGCAGCUCUCUGGAGCAGGGGUCAGGCUGUGACUUUCCUGGUGAGACAACACAAAUACCAGCCACCCACCCUUACUACCUCAGGAGCUUCCUCAUGGUGCUGCAGGCUGUGCUUCAGAACGAAGAUGAUAUGAUGCUCUUUGAUGAGCAGGAGAAAGGAAUCAUUACUAGGUUUUAUCAGUUAUCAGCUAGUGGUCAAAAGUUGUAUGUGAGGCUCUUUCAACGUAAAUUAACCUGGAUUAAGAUGAGUAAACUAGAGUAUGAAGAGAUUGGCCCAGACUUAACACCUGUGAUUGAAGAAUUAAAGCUCUCAGGCUUUCUCCAGACAGAAUCUGAGUUGCAAGAGCUCUCUGAAGUACUUGAACUCCUGUCUGCCCCAGAACUGAAAGCCCUGGCCAAGCCCUUCCACUUGGUGAAUCCUCUUGGGCAGAAGCAGCAGCUGGUAGAUGCCUUUCUCAAGCUGGCCAGACAGCGCUCAGUCUGCACUUGGGGCAAGAGUGAGCCUGGAAUCCGAGCAGUGAUUCUAAAAAGAGCUAAAGACUUGGCUGGACGGUCGCUACGAGUGUGUAAAGGCCCCAGGGCUGUGUUUUCCCGGAUCUUGCUGCUGUUUUCAUUGACUGAUUCCGUGGAAGAUGAAGAAGCUGCUUGUGGGGGUCAAGGCCAGCUUUCCACUGUGCUGCUGGUCAAUCUUGGCCGAAUGGAAUUUCCUAGUUACAAAGUCAAUCGGAAGACGCAGAUCUUCCAAGACAGAGAAGAUCUUGUCAGAUACGCAGCGGCUGCACACAUGCUGAGUGACAUUUCAACUGCAGUAGCCAGUGGGAACUGGGAAGAAGCUAAGGCGCUUUCUCAAAGUGCAAAACAGGACUGGAACAAACUGAAAAGCCACCCUUCACUGAAAUACCAUGAGGAUUUGCCGCUCUUUCUGCGCUGUUUUACUGUUGGAUGGAUUUAUACAAGGAUUUUGUCUCGAGCCGUUGAAGUAUUGGAGAGACUGCACCUGUAUGAGGAAGCCGUCAAGGAACUUGAAAACCUUUUGUCUCAGAAAAUCUAUUGUCCCGAUAGCAGAGGCCGGUGGUGGGAUCGACUGGCUCUUAACUUACACCAGCACCUGAAGCGUCUGGAACCGGCUAUUCGGUGCAUCAACGAAGGACUGGCAGAUCCAGAAGUGAGGACAGGACACCGACUUUCACUUUAUCAGAGAGCUGUGCGUCUGCGAGAGUCUCCAAGCUGCAAAAAAUACAAACACCUCUUCUGUCAGCUGCCAGAAAUUGCUGUGGAGGAUGUUAAACACGUGACCAUUACAGGCAGGCUGUGCCCACAGCGUGGGAUGGGCAAGUCUGUGUUUGUUGUGGAGGCUGGAGACACCACCAACCCUACCACAAUCCUGUGCUCUGUGGAGGAGCUGGCACUGGACUAUUACAGGCGGAGCGGUUUUGACCAAGGGAUUCAUGGGGAAGGAUCCACCUUCAGCACACUGUGUGGCCUCCUCCUGUGGGAUAUCAUCUUCAUGGAUGGAAUCCCAGACGUCUUCAGAAAUGCCUACCAGGCAUCCCCACUGGAUUUGUACACAGACAGCUUCUUCACAAGCAGGGGUCGAGCCCUGGAGGCCAGGCUGCAGUGGAUCCACAGUGCCCCUGCAGAAAACUUGCGAGCCUGUGUGGCAGAGGCCUGGCAGGCUCAGGAAGGCAGAGUGGCUUCCCUGGUCAGCUGGGAUCGCUUCACUUCUCUUCAGCAAGCUCAGGAUCUUGUCUCCUGCCUUGGGGGUCCUGUCAUCAGUGGCGUGUGCAGGCUCCUGGCUGCUGACUUUCGGCACUGCCGAGGGGGCCUCCCCGACUUGGUGGUAUGGAAUUCUCAGAGCCAUCACUGCAAGCUGGUGGAAGUCAAAGGCCCCAGUGACCGUCUCUCACAUAAGCAGAUGAUCUGGUUGGACGAACUGCAAAAGCUGGGGGCAGAAGUAGAAGUCUGCCACGUGGUUGCAGUUGGAGCCAAGAGCAAAGGUCUUGGCUAAAAGCUGUGAAACCAGGAACACCUGGCCACCUACUGGCGUGAGAUGUUCAGGAAAGUAAAGCUGCUCACGCUGUAUUUA